AUGAGUACGCUCAAUUCUGAUCAAACUAGAAAGAAUAGUGUAUUUGAAGAAAUUCAAAAAAUAUUUGUUGUAUGGAAUCCAUGGUAUAAAAUACUGAAUAAUUUUAAUUUUAAAAAUAAUUUAAUUAAAUCACAUGAAACUAUACCUGUUGAUAAUACAUUAUCUGAGUUGGAUGAUGAUACAAUUGAACAUCGUGCGAAAAUUGUACAAAUGAAACCAUUAUUUCAGACAUCGACCCGGUCUUCAACUACAACAGAAUAUUGUUCUCAACAUCUAAGCAAUAUAGGUAUUGAUAAAUGUCAUAGAUGUAAGAAACACAUGUGUUUCGAUUGUCGACAACAACUUACUCUUGGUCCUAGUAUCAUUAAUUAUUGUGAAAAAUGUAUUGAUGAUGUAUCAUGUACUAUUCAAUGA